AUGAGGAGAGCGACACUCGCGGCUAGUCGGAUCUGCCGUACUGCGCCUGUGGCGAGGUCAGCGAUUGCUUCGCGAGCCUACGCAACAGCCAAGCCAGCUGCUUCCGAGGUCUCGUCCAUCCUCGAAUCACGCAUCUCCGGAUCUGGCGGUGCUGCUGACAUCCAGGAGACCGGCAGAGUCUUGACGAUUGGAGACGGUAUCGCUCGAGUCUACGGCCUACGCAAUGUCCAGGCAGAUGAGAUGGUGGAGUUCUCGUCCGGCGUACGUGGGAUGUGCCUCAAUCUCGAAGCCGACAAUGUCGGUGUUACCGUCUUUGGCUCCGAUCGGCUCAUCCGCGAAGGCGACACCGUCAAGCGUACCGGCCAGAUCGUCGAUGUUCCCGUCGGCCCAGAGCUGCUCGGCCGUGUCGUCGACGCGCUGGGCAACCCCAUCGAUGGCAAGGGCCCGAUCAACACCAAGGAGCGCUACCGCUCUCAGCUCAAGGCGCCCGGCGUCCUGCCCCGUCACUCUGUCAACCAGCCCAUGAUGACCGGUCUCAAGCCCGUGGACGCCAUGGUGCCCAUCGGCCGUGGACAGCGCGAACUCAUCAUCGGCGAUCGCCAGACCGGCAAGACCGCCGUCGCACUCGACACCAUCCUCAAUCAGAAGCGAUUCAACGACACCGGUGACGAGUCUCAGAAGCUCUACUGUGUCUACGUCGCCAUCGGACAGAAGCGCUCGACCGUCGCCCAGCUUGUCAAGACGCUUGAAGAGAACGAUGCGAUGAAGUACACCAUCAUCGUGGCAGCCACCGCCUCCGAGGCAGCUCCCUUGCAGUACCUCGCGCCUUUCUCAGGCUGCGCAAUGGGCGAAUGGUUCAGAGACAACGGCCGCCAUGCACUCAUCAUCUACGACGAUCUGUCCAAGCAGGCUGUCGCGUACCGUCAAAUGUCUCUCUUGCUUCGUCGCCCGCCCGGACGUGAAGCUUACCCGGGUGAUGUCUUCUACCUGCACUCACGUCUGCUAGAACGUGCUGCAAAGCUCAACAAGGACCACGGCGGAGGCUCCCUGACAGCACUGCCGAUUAUCGAGACUCAAGGUGGUGAUGUGUCUGCCUACAUUCCCACCAACGUCAUUUCCAUCACUGACGGACAAAUCUUCUUGGAGGCUGAGCUCUUCUUCAAGGGCGUUCGACCUGCCAUCAACGUCGGUCUCUCGGUCUCCCGUGUCGGCUCUGCUGCUCAGUCAAAAAUCAUGAAAUCUGUGUCCGGCUCACUCAAGCUAUACCUGGCGCAAUACCGUGAUGUUGCCGCCUUCGCACAGUUCGGAUCCGAUCUCGAUGCCUCUACUCGCUAUUUGCUCAACCGUGGCUCGCGUCUGACGGAGCUGCUCAAGCAAGGCCAAUUCCAGCCGAUGCCUUUUGAGACGAUGGUCCCCAUCCUGUACGCUGGCGUCAACGGAAAGCUGGACAAGGUUCCUGUUGACAAGAUCACUGCCUGGGAAAAGUCAUUCCGUGACCACCUCAAGGGUCAAGAAAGUAUGUUGAAGGAGAUUGGCAAAGGCAAGAUGACUCGUGCGUGGUUCCCCCUGAGCUCGAGGAGCAGAUCAAGAAGACCAUCGAAGACCAUGUCUCGAGCUUUACAUCGUCAUAAGACGAGAUGCGCAAUUGAGCAAUGUCUUAGAUGCAAAUGUCUCAUGGUGCUUGCGUUCGCGGGGCGCAACAAGUAUGCAUUGCAGACGUUCGCCUGCUUUGCCCUUUGGUUCACAGCCAAUUGA